AGGUGACCAAUCAGCGAGAGGAACGUCUUACGAAGACGUGAGUGAAACGGCCCGCCCUUACGUCGGUUCAUUGAAGAAGAGGGACGGUCUGAGCUGCGCACCAUCCUCCGGAGGAACCAUGACAUCCAAACUUUGUAAGCUUUUUGUUGGGGGAUUGAACGUGGAGACCACCGAUGAAGGCCUCCGCAAGUACUUCGAGCAGUAUGGUACCCUUAGCGACUGCGUGGUGGUCAUGAACCAGCAGCUUGGACGUUCCCGCUGUUUCGGUUUCAUCACCUACUCCACGCCGGAGGAGGCCGACGCAGCAAUGGCCGCUAAGCCACAUGUCGUCGAAGGCAACAACGUGGAGGUGAAAAGGGCCAUAGCGCGAGAGGAUGCCAACAACCCGGACAUACUCGCCAAUGUCAAGAAAAUCUUCGUCGGCGGCGUGAAAGACCACAUCGUUGAGGAGAACCUGACCGAGUACUUCUCGCAAUUUGGCGCGGUGGAGAAGGCCGAGAUCAUCUCCGACAAGCAGACCGGCAGGAAGAGAGGCUUCGGCUUUGUCUUCUUCGAGGAUACCGACUCCGCCACCAAAGCGGUCCUGACCAAAUACCACACCAUCAACGGGAACAAGGUGGAGGUGAAAAAGGCUCUAACCAAGCAGGAAAUGUCCACCAGCGGCCGGGGAGGAAGGGGUCGAGGGAGAGGGAUGCAGAGUUACGGCGGCGGAAGAGGAGGCGGCGGCGGCAGCUACGGAGGCGGCUACGGCGGUAGUUACGGGGGUGGCUACGGCUACGGCGGGGGCUAUAACGGGGGGGAUGGCUACGGAGGCUACGGGGGAUACGACGAAUACGACAGCCAGAUGGGUGGCGGGUACAGCAAUGGGGACUUUGGGGACGGCUAUGGACAGCAGCACUCCAGUUACGGAGCGAUGAAGGGGGGCAACUAUACUUCUUACCGGAGCGGGGCUCCUUAUAACAGGGGUGGUGGAUUUAGCAGCGGCUACUAAUGGCGCCCUCAAACGAUGAGAGAUUCAUUUCUAAUUGAAAUGGACUUGAUUUACACACACGAGCUACACAUGUCCAGGUAGGGGGUGAGAGGUGGUCUUCGAGUUCAAUUAAAAAGAAGCAACGCCCAUCACCCACACAGCCUGCUUUCUGGAUCCCAUCCACCCCCCACCAGGACUUCCCUUCUUGUCCUCUUAUUCCACACGUUAUGGACUUUAAUACUAAGAAUUGUGAAUUAUUGAACUGUAUUUUGUUAUGUUGAAUUCUUUAAGUAUAAUUUUUGUCAGUCACUGCUUCAAAUGAGAAAAAAUCGAUUGUUUGAUUUGCAGAUCUGUCAGUUUUGCCUGUUUUCACACCAUGAACUCAGGGUUUUAGGUAAAGUUUGUGGCAGUGUCCGGCAGCAUGGGACUGGAUUUCUUCAGCUUCUUGACCCUAAAACUUUUUUCUUUGCUCUCUUUUGUUUAUUGUUUUGAGAAAUGUCAGGGACUAUUUUCACUGUACUCUUGCCCCACUUUCCCGUCCCAGUUUUCUUUUUGUUUUCUUUUUUUGUUUUGCCUAGAUUAAAAUCCUUUGAAAUUCAUGUGUUCAGCUCACCCCCUAUGUUCUGCUUUUAUUAAAGUUUUUAAUGUUUUAAAAAUCUAUCUAAUCUCGCAGUCUUAAUUCAGAUCAACAGAAAGUGCUUUUAAACCCCCCACUUUGGGAACGUUUGGGAACAAUUAUUUUUAUUUCCUUUUUAAAUCCUUAAACUCUCCUCUUUAAAUUGGGUUCAGGAAACGACCACUAGGAGGUAGUAUUGCCUGGAAAUCAUGGAUUUCUGCUACAUCGGCCAUUUUGGAGGUGGUGAAUCACCAAAGCAGUAUUUGUUAUUCCUAUACAACAUAAAAAAAUAAACGAGCAUCCUCAUUUUGAUUAACUGCUUUGUUUUUUUUAUUUUUAUUUUUUUAAGACUUACCAGUUGUCUUUCUAUUUUUCCUCCAUGUUGAUCUACAGAAACUCAUCGAUGACAGGUUUUCACAAUAUCAGGCUCCUAAAACCCUCACAGAUUCAGCCAGCUGAUAAAUAUUUUCACCUGGGAGCAACCAGUCUUUAGUGUCCAUCAAACAAAGGGGAGAAGUGUUAGGUAUUGGCAGAUAUAGAUGAACGUAACUGGCCAUGGUGCUAAAGUGUGUACCAAAUCCGCUUGUGUAAGGGCUGGAUGUCAUCAGCAACACCUACAUGACCUACAAGAUUUUAUGGAGGAAAGUAGGUGCACAGGCAAAGGAAGAAUAAAGUGAGAGCUCUCACUCUGAACCUGUUUCUGGUUUGGAAAAUAUCCAAAUACUGGGUGUUUUUAUAUGAAAGUAUUUUUCUUUUUAACAUUGAGUGUUAUAACCUGAUGUUGUUACAGCUGUACACUGCAUUUUAUCACUCCUUUCAUGCCUGAUUUUUAUAAAGCACGUUUAGUAGCAUA